AUGACAAAUCGGCUCCUCUCCAGGAAACAAUUUAUCAUUGACGUGCUCCAUCCAGGAAGACCCAAUGUUUCUAAGGCCGAGCUGAAGGAAAAGUUGGCAAGGAUGUAUGAAGUUAAAGACCCAAAUGCAAUCUUUGUUUUCAAGUUCAGGACCCACUUUGGUGGAGGCAAAUCUACUGGGUUUGGCUUGAUCUACGAUUCUGUUGAGAAUGCUAAGAAGUACGAGCCAAAAUACAGGCUUAUCAGGAAUGGUCUUGAUACAAAGGUUGAAAAGUCUAGGAAACAAUUGAAAGAGAGGAAGAAUAGAGCAAAAAAGAUCCGUGGUGUGAAGAAGACCAAGGCUGGAGAUGCUGCCAAGGCUGGCAAGAAGAAAUGA